GCAUUUCGCGUUUGGUGAAGACGAGACUUUUUAGUUGUGCGUAACUUGACGUAGGGGAGUGAUGUUUGUUGCUCCACCUCAUGGGUGCGACACGCCCCAGUUAACGUACAGCUUAGCGCCUUUUCUUCACAUUCACUUCGUAAAAGCGUUAAAGCCAUGUCUUCACUAAGUGAUAAGUCUGAUAAGGAGAUCGGCCAGCUGCUGGAUGAAUAUGGGAUCAAACAUGGACCAAUUGUGGAUACCACACGAAAACUCUACGAGAAGAAACUGAAAGAGGCCAUGAGCAAAAACACUAAACCAUCCUCACCUGACAAGACAUACUACAGAGAAGAACAGGAAGAAGUGGAAUAUGUCACCUAUCUGCCCCAGCAACAAUUUACUAGAGAUGAUGGAUCUAGUGAUGUUACACGAAGGUCAAAAGCUGGAGAUUCGGACUUUACUCACGAUAUAAGAAGAUCACAGGCCACAAACUAUAGAGAUGAUGUUGAUUACACCCAUGAGCCCAUUAUCAGCCAAUCUCGAACAUCCUACCAGACGACUUCUCGCCCAGGCCCAUCGGUUUACAAAGCCAGCCAGAAAAGUGCCACUCCAGAGUCCAGCAAAUCUGCCAGUGUGCCGGUUUGGCUUCGUGUCUUGGUUUUUCUUAUCAUUGCUGUAUUUCUUUAUUAUGUGUACUCAUCUAUGGAGCCCGCAGAAGAAGGUCCCUUUAAAAACAUUGGCUAGAAGAGAUGUUUUAGAUGAAAAUGUAAGAAUAACCAAAAACGUGGCCUAACAAAGAGGAUUUUUUUAUGUUGCUGUAGUUCAUCCAUGGAUUGACAUAAUUCUGUAAUUUAAAGUUUUUAAAAAAAUAUUUUGCACGUCUUUUAUGUUACAAUAUGAUAAAACCAAGAAAAUGG